AUGCGAGAUUUGACUGGCUCUAAGCGAGGGCCUGCCGCUGUGUUGGCAAACCCUAAGGUUCAGGAAGCCGCGGUUGAAAAAGGAAUCGAGGUGGCGGGGAAACUUGUGGACAAGCAGCUGCAGAUAAUCGAUGACGCCCAGCAAAAGGCUGCAGAUUUUCUGAAAAAAGAGGUUAGCAAGGAUGACUGUUCAUUUAAGAAGAACCCCAAAUAUGAAAUAUUCAUGGAUGAAGUAAAGCCACAUGAUCUUAGCAUGUCAUUUCUACGAGAAUUUAUGAAUUUACCAACUUCUUACUUCUCAGCAGGGGGACCUCUGAAAUACCAGAACUUUAUUCAGCGCUGGGGAACGCAUUUCAUCAAAUCUGCAAAGUUUGGGGGCCAAUUGGAGAUACGCAAAACGAUGGAUGCUGAGGACGUCCAAAGCAAAAAGGAAUUUGAAAUUCAAAUGGAAAUGGAGUUUAAGACUUUGUUUGCAAGCGUUGGAGCCAGGUCUUCUUAUAAGACGAGUGAGAGCAGCAGGAGACAGACAAAGACUACAUCAACAUCAGUGGUCGCCCACGGUGGCAGCCAGCAUAUUGCAUCUAUUCUGUCGGAUGUGUACUCGCCAACCUUUAAAACAGAAUUCAAAGAGUGGCUGAGGACGAUUCCUGACUAUCCAAAGGCUUUCCGUUUCCAAAUGGGAUCCAUCACCGACCUUCUCAAUUUCAGGGCUGAUGACCUGUUUCAAGAUGAAACGGUAAAUUGGGGUUGCGAAGGAAAUGCUGCUCACAUAAAAACACAAGAGAAAGGAGGCAAGACCGUGAAAUACUAUGAGGUGCAGGUAAAUAAUGGAACGAGGCGGUAUUACUGUGAGUUUGACAGCCGCCGAGCACUGGAAGAUGCUGUACAAAGACGAAGGUUAAGCUUGAAAAGGGCCAUCGAGAUUUACAUGGAAGAGGGUGCAAUGUCUAUCUCCGAUAUCGACUUGAAUGCCUGCAAAGUACAAGGAGAGCAGCCAUCUAAAGAUGAUUUACAGAGUCCCUUCUCAGCCAGUGGUGAAAUUCCAACUUGGGCGAAUAUCAUUAAAGAUGGCACAGCUUGGAAGGUAUCGUUUGACAUGGUAGACGAUCUUCCCAAUGCACACCUUUCAUCUUUCAAUAUUGGCCAUAAUAUGACCCGACUUGUUAGAUUUUAUAAAAAGAAAUGGUAUACAAGUAACGAAAAUGGUUCUUUUCAUUUGUUCGGUGCAUAUAGUAACAGUAAUUCCAACAACGUUUCUUUGAGAAAAAUGUCUAUUUUUGGACUUGUUCUCACGUUUGAUGAAGCCGAUGGUAGUCUUGUUCUGUACCCAAGCGACUUUAGGGCAUCAAAGACGUUCUUUCCCACUCUAACGGAAGACAUGAUCGGAGUUCAGUUAGCUCGCGUGUAUAUGUCAUCUACAAGAUCUGGCAAACGAUCUACAUCAGGUCAGCCUCCAAAAUCAGUCCUACCCUGCCAGGUGAAAUGGUCAAAUGCGCUUCGAUUUGAUCCCACAGACACUAAGGGAAAAUGCUUGCAUUUUACUGCAUCAACAGCAGGGACAUUAUUUGUUGUGUUUGCAGCUUUGCCCAAGGCGCUAGAUUCACGUUAUCUAGUGCAAAUAUCCCCAGAAAAGAUUUCUACUUAUAAGGGUACUUCUCUUAUGACAUCAACAUCAAACUUAAACGCCAGGGCACUUGGAGAUGCUUCCCUUUAUCAUUCAUACUUUGUUUGCAUCACGGAAUCGGAAAAGAGCACCCUUAUUGAAUAUGGAAAGAGUCUGGGUACUUCUGAAAGUGGAGAUGUCUAUCUGAACCUGAUCGACAGCAGCGGUCAUCUCAAUGUACGCUUCUACGCGUUUGGCAAUGAUCAAAAUCCCGCCAAGGUGAUGGAUGCCCACAUCGUGUCUCGCAUUUUGACUAAAGCGGAAUGUAAAGGAGACACAGUCAAAGAUUUGGAGACAAACCUUUGCGUUCAAAAAUGUCAUAAGAAUUGCGAUCCCUUGGCUGGUUGCAAGUUCCCUGGUAGCGUGCAAUUCCCUGAAGGAUGUAACGCUUGUAGAGCUGCUCUUGACGUGGAGCAGAAUGAAUGCGUACUUGCAUGUCCAAAACACAAAACCCUGACGAAAGACAAGAAAUGUGUCCCAACGUUUGAUGCCAAAGACAAAGUUGAAUUCGAGAACAUGCCAGUCCUAACAGAACUCACCAUGUGCCACUGGAUUAAGCUAGACGAAAACUGGAACGGCCAAUUAAGUUAUUUCCACUUCAUGUAUUCAAGAAAGAGCCAAAUUACUUCAUUUCUGGGACAGAAAGAUGGAGUAAUUGUCUUGACCAUGCAAAUCCUGCCGGAUACCAGUAAACAACAGGACAGUCAAAGAUUAACGCUGCAACAGUUAGGAGACUUGCGAUGGCAUCAGUUUUGUGUGACUUGGUCUAGUUUUACAGGAGUAGUUCAGUAUUAUUUAGACAGAAAGAAUACUUUAUCAGCCACUUAUCGUCAGAGAGGCGAACUUCGGGGAGGGGGAAAACUGGUGGUUGGUAACAGCCGCGGACAACUUAUCACAGAAGUUAAUGUGUGGGAUCGAGUUCUUAAUGAAAAAGAAAUCAAUCAAAAUCUGAAAAAGUGCGAUGCUGGUAAAGGCAAUAUAGUCCAGUGGCAUCAAGGCUUUGAAUACCUAAAAAAGAACAAGAAAAGGUACUCUAUUCCUUCGGUUUGUGAAGCCCCAGGUUCAAGUACUGGCCUGAGCCCAAAGGCUAGCAGAGGAUGA